CAUCUAUUACCUCCUUAUCCUGCGCGCCCUUCUCUUCAGUUAUCACUUUGAAUCUCUCUCUUUUUCCUUUUUCUACCCGUAAUGGCAGAGUUGCAGCCCGCUGAAGGUCCGAUGAACGGUGGAGCCGCUGUUGGAGCCACCGUAGGAGUUUCAUCCGAAAAUCUGGGCCCUUUUUUGGGCUCCAAGAGGCAACGUAGGCCCAGCGUUCGAUUAGGUGACAUCGGCGAUCAGCCAGCGACGCUCUCGUACGAUUCGUACGUCCGGCGAACCAAGCAGUGGAGGCUCCCCACCGACAACAACGAGUUCAAGUAUCGAAAUCCCUCUCUGAAGGACACGGGUGCCGCCACCAAAACUUCCAAGAUUCGACCUCUGACCAACUUGGUGAAUGGUGUAGAUUGCCAUGAAACCCUAGAUGGUGAAGACAAGAAUCUCUCCGGCGAUGGCAAUUUGGACUCGCUGGCGAUUGGGAACCGCAAAGGGAAAGAUUUAAAGGCAAAGAGAGGAGGAGUCGGGACUGGGGGAGGAGGCACCAAGAGGGUCAGAUCGAAUUGGGUAUCCAAGGUCGACGAUGGACUUGGAACGGAAGGAGACGACAAGUUUAGCGGUGGAGAUGACGGGGCCGAAGGAUACAGGGAUUUCGAUCCAGAGGGUUCGGAAAGCCCCCUGAAAGAACAAAGCCCGAUUCAGUCACUGGAAAAUAUGGCCAUUGAUUUGCGGCAAGCUUCUGAUAGGGGACAUGGAAAUGAAAGAGAGGUGCAAUUUCCCGGGCAGAGAAGACUACUUAGGGCUAGGGUUUCAGAAAGCAGAGAUCAUGACGCCGUCGAAUUGGAUGGCCCAUCGGAUACUGAUGCUAGGGAUUGGAAGUGCGGCACUAGUGCGGACAGGAACGGGAUUGGCGAGAGGGAGAGGUUUCGGUCUCUGGAAGAUGGUGUGAGGAUGUGGCUCAAUGGAUUAGGUUUAGGUCGCUAUGCACCGGUUUUUGAGAUUCAUGAGGUGGAUGAUGAAGUUUUACCUCUCUUGACGCUGGAGGAUCUCAAAGAUAUGGGGAUAAAUGCCGUUGGUUCUAGGAGAAAAAUAUACUGUGCAAUACAGAAGCUCGGAAAGGGCUUUUCUUGAGUCUCAUUAUAUAAUGUUGUGGAUGUAGCAAUGGCGUAUUUGAGAAUACAUGUCUGAGAUGGUUUGAGCUCCUGGUUCUCUCUUAUAAUUCUAGUGUUGACUUGCUGUUUUGGAGCUUACAUUUCAUUCUCUUAAUACAAUCCUUUGUACAUUUUUUUCUGGUACAAUGAUAGAUGUACGCAUGGCCUUGC